GAACGUUUCGUGAGGGUGGACCCUAGUCGCUGAGAACCAUAAUAGAAGGACGCGGGGGGACUAUAAAGAAUGCCGUCCAAACAGAAGACCCUCCUGUUCUUUGCUGGGUUUGUGUCCAGCAUAGGAUCCUUCGCCAUUAUCUGCACUUGUCUGGCCACUCAGGGAUGGGUUUCCAGUAAGGUUCAGUUUAAAGGUACAAACUAUUCCGGAAACGCCAAUGUAGAUCUCGGACUGUUCAAAACCAGUCGCUCUAAGACUAUCACUGAUGGAGUGGCGCUUGGCGCCGAAGUGGUAACACGUGACGUUUUUCAGAUAUUAAAUGAAACAAACAGCAUUAAAAUCAUCCACAUCUUAAUUAUCUUAUUGCUGGUCAUCAGUCUGAUAUCUUCAUUCCUGAGCUCGGCGACUACGUGCUUGAACAGCGUCAGCAAUCCCUAUCUGACCUUCCUAGGGCCUCUUGGAGUUUAUGUAUGGACUGCUAUCAGUGGGAUUCCCGUCCUACUCGCCAUGAUCUUGUUUGCAGUAAACAUACAAGCCAAUGAAAUGCCGAAGGAAAUUGCCAAAGCUAUGGACACCACCACUGAUGUUUUUGGAUCUACCCAAAACACUUAUGGAUAUUCAUUUUGGCUUUUGCUUCUCAGCCUUUCUUUUAAUAUUGGCACGAUAGGAAUUAUUUUCUAUUAUGAACAUGCGAGAUACAGCAAAAAAGUGGAAAAAGAAAAACCUAUGGAGGGAGCGAUCAAUGAUGUCAUUCUAUUCUGAAGGAAACUCCUGGACUUCUCACACGGACAUAGACUCAUUUCAUUGCCUUUAUUAUGUGUCUUAGCAACAAUAAACCAGCAGGAAUUCUCGGGACGAUCGUGAUAGCAAAUAAGAAUGCUGCUUCCGAGAUCAUUUAAUACUCUAAUAUUCCAGAACUAUUGGAUAUUUUAAGUUGAAGAGAUUCCACAAGUACCGUAUUUUUCACCCUAUAGGACGCACCGGCGUAUAAGACGCACCCUAUU